UGCAAGUUGUCUUCCAAAGACAUCUGACAGAUUCCCGUAUAAUGUGAUGUCUGAUGGCAGAAGGAGAAUCACGAGGCCCAACAAUCGAAAUUCCUUUGAGAGGAGAAGAAGAGGUUAUUGAACUCGAUCUUGACACUUUGCCGGAUGGUACAGAAGUGUUGAGUAUACUGAAGAAUGAACGCGCACCUCUCAACAUUUGGCUCACGUUAGCGCAACAUUACUACAAGCAAGGAAAAGAUGAAGAAUUUGUGAGAAUUCUCGAAGCAUCGAGAAGCGAUGCCGACGUUCAGUAUCAAGGUCACGAGAACGACCAGAUGACGGCACUCGAUACUCUCGCUGCGUACUACGUCCAACUGGCAAGACAGGAAAAGAACAAAGAUGCCAAGAAGGAUCACUUUACUCAAGCGACUAUCCUUUACACAUUGGCCGACAAGAUCAUCAUGUAUGACCAGAAACAUUUGCUUGGACGGGCAUACUUUUGUUUGCUGGAGGGCGAUAAAAUGGAUCAGGCUGAGGCUCAGUUUAACUUCGUGUAUGCUCAGAAGUCCGAUUGUAUUCCUGCCAUUCUCGGCAAAGCUUGUAUUGCAUUUAAUCGCAAGGAUUAUAGAACGGCUUUGAGUUUAUACAAGAAAGCUUUGAGGGAAAGACCGAGGAACUGUCCUGCUGGUGUUAGGAUGGCAAUGGGUCACUGUUUUGAUCGGUUGGGACACACUGAGAAGGCAAAGAUGGCUUUCGAACGUGCUUAUCAACUAGAUCCUCGAAACAUUGGUGCUCUUGUUGGUUUGGCUAUUCUGAAAUUUAACAGCAAAGAAGCUGACAGCAUCAAGACAGGAGUACAGCUACUAUCAAGAGCUUACUCAAUUGAUGAAGGUUCCCCAAUGGUGCUCAACCACCUUGCCAAUCAUUUCUUUUUCAAAAAGGAUUAUGGACGAGUGAGACACUUGGCAAUGCAUGCUUUUCAUAACACAGAAAAUGAGCACAUGCAAGCCGAAAGUUGUUAUCAGUUGGCUCGUUCGUUUCAUGUGCAGAGUGACUUUGACCAAGCGUUCCAGUACUAUUAUCAGUCGGCCCAAUUUGCUUCAUCAAGUUUUAUCUUGCCUCAGUUUGGUCUUGGUCAGAUGUACAUUGCUCGUAAAGAUUAUGAAAAUGCUGCAGUGUGUUUUGAGAAAGUGCUGAAAGCUCAGCCAGACAAUUACGAAACAGUGAAAAUCCUUGGUUCGUUGUAUGCCAAUUCGUCGAAUCCACACAAGAAAGAUGUAGCUAAGAGUUACUUACAAAGGGUAGCUGACCAAUUUCCUGACGAUGUGGAAGCUUGGAUCGAAUUGGCUGGUGUUCUUGAGCAAUCUGAUAUUUCAGCUUCACUACAUGCAUACCAAACAACAGUCAAAAUUCUAAGAAGCAAAGUGAAGGUCGACGUCCCACCUGAAAUUCAUAACAAUAUUGCCUCGUGCCUGUUUCGAUUGGAAAGAUACCACGAGUGUAAGGAACAUUAUGAACUGGCUCUUCAGAGAGCACGACAAGAGAGGAAACAAGAUGAAGCCUAUUACAGUGCAAUAUCAGUAACAACUACAUACAACAUGGCGAGGCUUCACGAAGCCUUGCAUGAAUAUGACAAAGCUGAACUUUUAUAUAAGAAUAUUUUAAGAGAACAUCCAAGCUACGUUGACUGCUACUUGAGACUUGGUUGCAUGGCUAGAGACAAGGAACAGAUUUUUGAAGCAUCUGACUGGUUUCAGGAGGCUUUGCACAUCAACCAGGAUCAUCCUGAUGCUUGGACUCUGAUUGGCAACCUCCAUAUGGUGAAGCAGGAAUGGGGACCUGCACAGAAGAAAUUCGAACGUAUUCUGAAACAACUGGGAACAAGCCAUGACCCGUAUGCUCUUCUUGCACUCGGUAAUAUUUGGCUCCAGACAUUGCAUCAUCCGAUUCCGGAUAAAGAAAAGGAGAAACGGCACCAAGAUCGAGCUUUCAGUCUCUACAAGCAGGUGUUGAGGGCAGAUCCUAAGAAUCUUUUUGCUGCCAAUGGGAUUGGAGCAGUUCUUGCACAGAAGGGUUAUACACAAGAAGCCAGAGACAUUACAGCUCAGGUUCGUGAAGCCACUGCCGAGGUACCUGAUGUUUGGCUCAAUUUAGCUCAUCUCUAUGUGGAGCAGUACCAAUACACAAGUGCCAUUCAAAUGUAUGAAAACGCACUCAUCAAAUUCUUCAACUGGCAUAACACGGAAGUAAUGUUGUACUUAGCAAGAGCAUACAGUAAGGCGGGCAAGCUAUCCCAGUGCAGAAAUGUGCUGGUAAAGGCAAGGCACAUAGCACCUCAUGAUCACAUCUUGUUGUUCAACUUGGCAUUGGUUAUGCAGCGAUAUGCUAUGUCCAUGUUGAAGGAAAUGAAGUGUGGUCUGAAAGAAGUGACAGGUGCCGUCAAGGAACUUGAAACAGCUCAAAAGUACUUUGCUCAUUUGAGUAAACAUGGUGAUAAGACGAAAUUUGAACUGCAACAUGCUCAUGCUGAAGCAAAAAUUUGUGCCGACUUGCUGAGCCAGGCUCAGCAUCGUGUUGCUCGAGCUCGGAAACAGGAUGAAGAGGAGCGAGCUUGGCGUCUCAAGCAGGAAGAAGAACGUGAGAUUCUGAAACGCAAACACUUGGAAGAAGAGGCUGAAAAAGCACGUCUAAAGAUGGAGGAAGCUCAGUCCAAAGAGGAGCAACGCCAGCAGUUUGUUGAAAGGACAAGGCGGUUGCUAGAAUUUCAUGAAGAGCCACAGCCAAGGAAAGCGGGCAAGAAAUCAAAGCAGACGGGUGAGAUUUACAGUGGAGAUGAAGACGAUUCUGCACCCAAAAAGAAACGAGGAAAAUCAUCAAAGACUACUGAUAUGGUUGAAAGUAGCAGUAGUGGGGAUGAAGUUUCUCAAGAAGCACCUAAACCAAAGAAACGUUCAAGAAAACGUCAGUCAAAGAGUGAGGAUGGUGGCCAGGCAAAGAAGCGACGUUCAUCUGAACAAACAAAGAAGCCUCAAGGAAAGCGUUCAAAGAAGGGAGGGAAACGUGUUGUUUCUAAACCUGAAUUGUCAACUUCUGAUGAAAGCUCUGAUGAAGAUCACGCAGAGAAGCUUGUUAUUGCUAAUGAAAGUGGUUCUGAACAAGAACAACAAGAUCAAGAGGAUGAAGAAGAAGCAGUUGCCACACCGUCUGAAUCAGGACAGAGUGAAGAUGAAGAACAGUCUGGAAAGUCUAAUGCUGAGAAAUCUGAAGAAGACAAUCCACCUACACCUGAAGCUGCUGCUGAAGACAAUAAAGAGGACGGUGACUAAGUGACAUUAUCUUCUUUGCAUGACAUAUUUAUAACUUGGUAUUGAAAAGGAUUUAAUACAUACAGUGUGUUGA